UUUUUCAAGUGCAGGCCUUCAUCCCAGGAAUCAUUAUAGUAUUAUACCCGUUGCGAGUCUCCUUCACCUCUAGUCUUGAUCAGAGCUCAUGCCAAUACACUCGAGCAAUCAUCACUACUACAAUGGCGAUCAUAACUGAAGAACCAGAUCCACCCACCCCACCACCUAAACGCCGCACUUCACCACCCCCUAAACCCCGCACUCCUCCACCUCCAUCUACCCGGACCUCCCCCACCACCAAGAAUACAGCCAAUCCAUUUCAAUUCUGGUUCUAUUUCACCGUUCUAGUCUCUCUCGUCACUCUGUUCUUCAUCUUUCUCUCCUCUUUCUCUCCAAAAGACCCCAAGGCCUGGUUCCUCAGCCUGCCUCCCAAUCUGCGCCGCCACUAUUCAAAUGGCCGCACCAUCAAGGUCCAGACUGCGCCCAAUCAUCCCCAAGUUGAAGUCUUUUCGAUCCAAGAAGGGCCCAUUAAGUCAUCAGACCAUGUUCUCAUCGUCCAUGGGCUUGGGUGUAGCACUUUUGCCUUUCAGAAAAUUGUUAAGUCGUUAGGUCAGAAAGGGGUUCAUGCCGUUGCGAUCGAUCUGCCCGGUUCGGGAUUUUCAGAUAAGUCUGUGGUUGUGGAGGAAGAGAGUGGGGAUGGAGGGGGGGUAGUGAGCCUUUGGGAUGUGUACAAUGAGAUUAGGGAAAAGGGCCUGUUUUGGGGGUUUGAUCAGCUGGUUGAGAAGGGGUAUGUGAACUAUGAGGAAAGUGAAGUUCCAAAAAAGAAGAGAGUUAAGGCCAUAGAGUUGGAUCCUGAAGAGAUGGGAAGGGUGUUGGGGCAAGUGAUUGAAGCAAUGGGAUUGGCACCUGUGGAUUUGGUACUCCAUGAUUCAGCUUUGAGUUUGAGUGCCAAUUGGGUUUCCGAGAACCCGGGAAUCUUAAGGAGUGUCACCAUUCUUGAUAGUGAACCAAUUGCAACAGCAUUGCCAUUGUGGGCUUUAGGAGUGCCAGUAAUCAGGGAGGCUGUUUUGCAUUCUGGAUUCUUGUUCAAGAGACUCCUCGAAAAGUAUUGUUGUGAAUCAGUGAGUAAGUCAGAUGCUGAGGCACAUAGGAUUCUUUUGGCAGGAAGGGACGGCAGGAGAGCCGUUGUUGGGAUGGGGAAGAGGCUAAAUUAUAGUCUCGAUUUGGCCGAAUGGAGUGCUUCUGAUGGGGUCAAGGCACUGCCAAUGCAAGUAAUUUGGUCUACUGGCUUGUCAAAAGAAUGGAGUGAAAAUGGGCAGCGUGUUGCUGCUUCACUUCCCCGGGCAAAAUUUGUAACUCAUUCUGGUGGAAGGUGGCCCCAGGAACACAGUGCUGACGAGAUAGCUGAAAGCAUUUACCAUUUCGUUUCCCCCUUACCCAAAUCCAUUAAACAGUCCGAGGAAGAACAGGUACCUGAGCAUAUUCAAAAGAUGUUGAACGAAGCACAAAACUCUGGUCAUGACCAUCACCACCACCACCACGGUCAUGGCCACGAGCACCACGAUGGCCAUGGUCAUGGUAACGCCCAUGCUGGAUAUAUGGAUGCCUAUGGGCUUGGACAUGGAUGGGGUAUGUGAUUCGCUUCAACUUAUCGGAAGUAGACUCUGAUUGUUCUUGGAAGCCAAACUAAGACUGAUACCUGAGUACUGAUACUUUUGGUUUUUGCUCUUUUUAUGACCACUUGUUGUACAAGAACUGUGAUUUUGCUUGAAAAGUGAAGGUCUAUAGCAGACUGGGAGAGAGGAUUGUAGUUGGUGUUUUGAGUUCUUGAGGUCACUCUGAUAGUCUGAUUAUUGUGAGGUGCCUAACAAUUAUUUUCUUUUCCCAUUAACAUAAAUGAUUGCUUGGAUUUGAACCUC